UCUGACGUGACAGGUUAUGAAGUUUUUAAUGAUAUGUUUUGACUUUUGGGGUAUUUAAAUACCGUCCGACGUUAUUUAUAUUAGGGAACAAAAUGAGUGGUCUUACCGCAGGGGAUGCUAGUGCCCUAACACUGGAAAUAGGACCAUUUGAAACUGUGCAUAGGUGGAAGCGAAUGCCUGAAUGUGAUGAAUUUGUUGGAGCUAGGCGAAGUAAACACACAGUUGUGGCAUAUAAGGAAGCUAUUUAUGUCUUUGGGGGAGACAAUGGAAAAACUAUGUUGAAUGAUCUUUUGAGAUUUGAUGUCAAAGAGAAAAGUUGGGGAAGAGCCUUUGCAAACGGAUAUCCCCCUGCACCUAGGUACCAUCAUUCUGCUGUGGUUCAUAAUACUUCAAUGUUUGUCUUUGGCGGUUACACAGGCGAUAUCCACUCAAACUCAAAUCUCACCAAUAAGAAUGAUCUAUUUGAGUAUAAAUUUCACUCCGGUCAUUGGGUAGAAUGGAGGUUCAUGGGAAAAACUCCGGUACCCAGAUCUGCGCAUGGAGCAGCAAUAUUUGAUAAUAAACUCUGGAUAUUCGCCGGAUACGAUGGAAAUGCAAGACUAAAUGAUAUGUGGACGAUAUCAUUGACUGGAGAUGUGAGAAGUUGGGAAGAAGUUGAUCAAAAAGGAGAAUGUCCUCCAACAUGCUGUAACUUUCCCGUUGCCGUUGCAAGAGACUCCAUGUUUGUUUUCAGUGGACAGAGUGGGGCAAAAAUAACAAAUUCUUUAUUUCAGUUCAGUUUCAAGGAUAAAACAUGGACAAGAAUUUCCACGGAGCAUAUUCUCAGAGGAGCUCCGGCACCUCCAGCCCGUCGAUAUGGACAUUCCAUGGUAGCAUUUGAUCGACAUUUGUAUGUAUUCGGCGGAGCAGCAGACUCAACACUUUCAAAUGAUUUACACUGCUUCGACUUAGAUUCACAAAAAUGGUCAGUUGUUUUACCUGACCCCGAAUCAUUUGUACCGUCCGGUAGAUUAUUUCACGCUGCUGCAGUAGUUGGUGACGCCAUGUUCAUUUUCGGAGGAACUGUGGACAAUAACGUCAGAAGUGGAGAAAUGUACAGGUUUCAGUUUUCGAGUUACCCAAAAUGCACUUUACAUGACGAUUAUGGAAAACUGUUAGAAACCAGACUAUUUUGUGACAUUCAAUUCCUAGUUGGACCGGAAGAGGAAAAAAUUACGGGGCACUUAGCAUUGGUUGCUGCGAGAUCGGCAUACCUCAGAAACAAAAUACGCCAAGCCAAAGAGAAUAGGGACAAACACUUGGAGAGAUUGUUCGGUACAUCGAAAGUUCCUUUCUCAGACAUCCCCCUAUUAGAAGUGAAACUGCCCGACGCCGAUCCCGAGGCUUUCGAAAUGGUACUGAACUACAUUUACAUGGAUUGCAUCGAUCCGACGAAGAAAGGUGGGGAUGAUGAGGAUCCGCUCUCCAACAGAAUCGUUCUGAGAAUGAUGGACGUGUACAGGCUGGCGGUACAAUUCAACAUGGCUCGGCUGGAGCACCUUUGUGUUCAAUAUUUGAACGCCACCAUUUGUUUGAAAAAUGUUUUGGUAGCUUUACACAACGCAGACCACUUGCAACUAGAUUUCAUCAAGGAAUAUUGCUUGAGGUUCAUCGUUAAAGAAAGCAAUUAUAAUCAAAUUGUGAUGAGCGCCGAGUUUGAAAAUUUGGAUAGGAGUCUCAUGGUGGAGAUAAUCAGGAGGAAGCAGAUGCCGCAAUAUAAGGCGAAUAGUGAAACUCAGUUUGAUACAGCGGGUUGUUCACUGGAGCAAGAUAUGGCCAUGUUUUUGAGAGUAACGGGAAAAGAGUUUUGUGACAUUGAUCUGAAAUUAGAUGACAACCUCAUACCAGCCCAUAAAACUAUUUUGGCAGCAAGAUGUGGUUACUUUGAAGCCAUGUUCAGAUCGUUUAUGCCUACUGAUAGCAAAGUGAACAUACAAAUCGGUGAAAUGAUUCCAUCUAGAGAAUCGUUCGACUCUUUGCUACGAUACAUCUAUUAUGGAGACGUAAAUAUGCCUCCUGAGGACUCUCUCUAUCUUUUCUCGGCGCCAUUUUUUUAUGGGUUCACUAAUAAUAGACUUCAAGCGUUCUGUAAGCAGAACUUGGAAAUGAACGUUACUUUCGAAAACGUCAUCCAGAUCUUGGAAGCUGCUGACAAAAUGCAAGCAACAGAUAUGAAGAAGUACGCCCUGGACCUGAUCGUGCAUCAUUUCACGAAAGUGGCGAAGCUGCCAAGAUUGAGGAUGCUGAGCAAGGAGUUGAUUCUCGACAUCCUUGAAGUUCUAGCCGAGAGCAUGGAGAUGAAUUCGAAGAACACUUCGACGGAUAGCCUCUUGAAUUGGGAAAUAUGAUGGUUGAGCAUGGAGGGGGAGAUGAAUUUGGCUCUGAGGAGAGCGUCUGUCAUUUUGUUGACAUUGAUUUCUGUGAUUAUUGAUCUUAGUUUAGUUGAAAGAUUAGUCAUACACUAAGGAUAAGGAGAUAUAUAUUAAACUUGUUGAGAAGUCUAGUUCUGUUCAGUAGAAUUCAUGAUAUAUAACACAUGUUGAUGAGAGGAAAAUAAAUGAAUAGAAGUACAGUA